AUGGGAGUGGUGCUGUUCGUUCUGGCCAGGUGUGGCUCUUCUAUCACUCUUUGGAACCUUGCCAAAUUUGGCUUUUUGGGAGCAUUUACAGUGCCGAAAAUAUUCAUCUCCUACUCAACACACUUCUCUGCUUACGGUAAGUUCUGGGUGAGGAGAUUCAGGGACGCAUGGGAAUCAUGUAAUCACAAAAAAGCGGUGGCUUUAACACUCUUCACCCUCGUCUGGAACCUCUCCUCCGUCGUUGCCCGUGUUUGGGCUGCAUUCAUGUUAUUCGUCGCCUUUAGAUAUUAUCAGCAGAAGAUGAUCUGGACGACUGAUCAAGACGAUGAUGAGGAUGAGGAGGAGGAAGAGGAUGAGGAAAAUGUAGUAGACGAUGACGAUGAAGAAGAAGAAGAACAAGUCCCUAAGCUAAAAAGAGCUGCUUAUAUGAUGAUGAUGCCUAAUAAACUCAAGAAAAAUUCUUAA